UCUUGCUGGGUGUGGAGGACACUUUUCAGAAUAAUAUGCUUCUCCUUUCUCUCACUUCUCAUAUUUUGCUCUUCUUGGUAAAAGGUUCUUAUCCUUUCUUCUACAAAGUACUACUGAAAAGGAACAUGAAAGCACCACUUCUACUUCAUUUACUUUUCCAAGUUGUUCUGCUCUAUGAUGCUUUGGGAUGGGAAGUGAGAAUGCCGAAAGAUAUUCAUGGUCUCCAAGGUUCCUGUUUGGUCAUACCAUGUUCUUUCAGCUACACAUCAAACCCACCUGAAAACCCACGUAGAGUUGUGUGGUAUCAGUGGGUCUCUAGAGGUUAUCCUUUAGUUUACGAUCCUUUGCAUGAAAACAACGUCAUUAAGAAGUUCAGAGGAAAAACUGAUUUAUAUAGUAACUCAAGUAGGGAUUGCACUCUGCUGAUCAAAAACCUGGAACUGUCCCACCAUGGAGAAAAAUUAUAUGCAUGGAUCGACCCUGAAAACAUUGGGUAUAGCACCUACAAAUUUUAUGAUGUCACUUCUACAAUCCUUGUCAAUGAAAGUCCACAGCAACCCAGCAUCAAAAUUUUUGGAGGUGACAGGACAGGUGACGCCAUCACAGUAGUAUGUUCAACUUUCCACACGUGUCCAUACAGCAAACCAACCAUCACUCUGAACGGUAUAGAAGGAUCUGAUCAAAUAGACAAUGAGCAUAUUAAAGAUGGCCUGUGGAAAAGCACUCUGACACGCACAGGUGUCGUAAAGACAGUACAUUCGAUUAUUGAGUGUUCAGUAAAACAUUAUGGUGGAAUAACUGUGACAGCUACAAAAGAUAAAAGUGCUAAAUGUGUUCAUCAUAACAUAUCGAUUGAGCCUGAACUGGCAGAUGUCACCGAGGGCAUCGCAAAGAACUUCACUUGUAGCGUCUACCAUUCCUGCCAGAAUGAGAAUCCAAACAUCACAUGGAACUAUGAGAACAUGCAGGUCACGGAGUGGAACAAAUCACUUUCUGCUUUAGAUCAGAUCAGCUAUUCUAGCAUAACCUUUCUGGGGGCAAGAGAAGACCAUGGCAAGAAAUUGAUAUGUAUGACAAAAAUUUCUGGAAGAGACAUUACGGCAUCUGUUGUCUUAAAUGUGCAAAACCCAGUGUUUAUUGGACUCAAGAUUACUGGUCUUUAAAUCUUAACACCGUCACUUGUGUUCCUUCUGGCUUGUAUCCUUGUUGUAGUCAUAUUCAAGAAGAGACAAAGGUCAAAAGAUGUAAGUCCAGAGUCAGGAAAAAAAAACCUUUCUCCAAACCUCAAAUGCCCUCACCAAAGAGUGAUCCAAAAUCCCACUCAGAUUAUGAUUAUGAAGCUGAUUACAUCAACGAGGAAGUAGGCAACAUCUAUGAAAAUGUCUGAUGAAAAAGCUACACGAUCAAAACCAAAAUGCAUUUCACUAUAGUGUUUAUAAGAAGACCAAAAAUGUCAGACUUUAUUAAUAAUAAAACAUUUGUCAUGCAUAUUAUGUAGCAUCAGGAUAUUAUGCGUUAUAACACAAUAUAUAACAUACUUUUUAUAAUAUAUGCAUUUAUCUUUGGAAUAUAAAAUCCUUCUGAAGUAUCUGAAGUAUCACUCCGAAUUAUAUAUGUAACCCUGGGCCACAAAACCAGUCUUAAGUUGCACGGCAAUAUUGUAGCAAUAGUCCAAAUUAUUGAUUAUUCUUUCAUGCCAAAAAUGAUCAUUAGGAUAUUAAAUAAAGAUAAUGUUCCAUGAAUAUAUUUAUUAUUAUUAUUAUUAUUAUUAUUAUUAUUAUUAUUAUUAUUAU